AACGGCGCCUGGCAACGCAGGGAAGCGCUGGGUGCGGGAGCGCAGAGUGUGAGCGCGCAGAGCCGUGACGCCGCGGACCGCAGCGGUACCUGGCCGGGAAGCGCUCUCGUCAUGAGCCACCCAAAUGGCGGCUUCUUGCCGGCCUACAACAGCCUGACUGACAAACACCUGGCCGGCUACUUCAACAACACCAGGAUCCGGCGGCACCUGCUCAGAGUGGGGCUGAUCACCAGGAGUGGGAGCAUCGUCCCCGACAAGGAGUACAAGCAGAAGCUGAUGCGGAAAGAGCACCAGAGGCACAUGCGGGAAUGCCUGGCCCACGCCAUCUUCCACAAGGUGCUGGACAUUGAGCGACACCACCAGACUCGAAUCAAGAGAAGACUGGAGGAUUUCGCCCAGAGGGAACGUGUCAACAAAAUCAAGGUGGAGCGUUCCAGGCGGUAUGAGGAGGAGAGUAUUACUGUACUGUCACCCAAGCCACCAUCCGACCCCAGGAACGGCUACGCUCCACAUUCUGGGCCAGAGAUGGAGCCAUCAGAGUCCUCCGAGUCCUUUGGCUCCUCAAGGCCGAAUACGGCGCCGGGGAAGAUGCAGCGGCCUGUCCGCCUGCAGCCCAUCAGCAACGGCACCAGCGCCCCCACCCGCCGGCCAUCCCGCUCCAUCCGCCGCUCACACGCAGCUGUAGAGGACACAGAGCAGCUUGCCUGCUGCACGCUGGACCGUGACAUGCUGAGGCGUGCGGCCGUGGGCAGGUUUUCCAGCGGAAUAUCGCCAUACCGCCUGCCAGUCAUCAAUAACUUCAUCACCCCGGUGCCCCCCCCUCCCCCACCCAAGGGGACAGGAAGGAGUAUUAAAGGGACUCCCAGCGGGACAGUGAGGGGCCGGAAACUGCGACCUACCACAGCACCCAGCGUUCCCAUGGAGUCGAGAUUUCAAAAGACCUCCACGCACAGUAAUGUCUCUGUCACCAUGGUGUACUUUGGAAAGUCGGUGCACCUCUCCCAUGAUGACGUGGAGCUGAGGGAUGAGGUGAAGGUCUUCCAGCAGCACUGUGGUGGGGAGAACAUCUGUGUGUACAGAGGGAAGCUGAUGGAAGGAGAGUGCUUCCGGUUUGUCUCAAGGCGCCACUGCGGCUUCCCCUUCAGUCUCACCUUCUUCCUCAACGGCAUGCAGGUGGAGCGGCUGAGCUCCUGCUGCGAGUUCAGGCACCGGGGAGGAUCCCGGCUGGGGGGCAAGCACGGCCAUUUUGGCUUCACCGGUGUGGCGGGGGCCUCUCCCUGCUACAGGUGUAUCAUCGCUAUGGGUUUGGACAAAAAGCCCACCCCACCCCCAAAGAGAACCAAGGGGGAUUCCGAGACUGACGGGUUCAUGGCUGCUUCCUCAGAGAUGGUCCGAGACGAAGACGAGUUUCGGUCGAGUCGAAGUUGUGAGUGUGAGAACAUCCCCGCAAACAGAGAGCAGAGAGAUGACCAGUCAAAGAGCACAUGGGGCGGAGUCCAAAACGAUUACGAGGAGGACUUUGAAGGCGAGGACGAGAAGGCAGAGGAGGGCGAGCCAAGAUCUGAUCACCACAGCGACGGAGAGGAGGGGUGUCCGGAGAGCCCAGGUGCUGGAAACAGCGCGUACACUGACAGCGAGGCUGAGGAAGACCACCCCAGAGAGAAGCGAUCACUCUCACGGUCUUCCAGGAGUGCCACCUUCUCCUCCAGAGCCAGUAAGGAUGACUCUGGGAGUGACACGGAGGAGGUGAAGGAGUCCAUAGAUGAAGCAAGAGUCAGUCUGGCCUCUUGUGCUGUUUCGAAAGCAGAACUGCAAGAAGAAGAUGGAAGUCUGGAUUUGGAGGAGCAUGUCAGGGUGAAUGGUGGUGGAGCAGCCUCUCUGCCAGGGGAUGAGACCCAUCACCCAUCUGUAGGGGAAUCCAUGGACAGCAGGUCUACUGGUGAUGCUGAAAACAUGACUGAAAUACAAACUGUGACCACAGCAGCUGAGGCAGAGACCACUGAUUGGGAGUGCUGUCAGGAUGCUAUGGAGAGGGAUGGACUGGAGGACCCCCCAACCGGCUCGCACACAGUCACGGAGGGAGCCGCUCCUGAUGAGGAGGAGGUGCAGCAGGUGGAGCUCGAGAGGGAACCCAAUGUCUGCUGUCUGACCCAAGCCAAGUCUGUGCAGGAGAAGCUAGCUGAGGCCAUAAUGAAGGAAGCUCACUGUAGCUCGGAACCGGAGCUCAGUGACACCAGCACUGACGAGGAGGAGGAAUCCUCCUCGGUACCGCGCAGAACCCCGGAUCAGAACCUCAUGGACACAGAGCUCUCUGCUGCCCUCUCUCUGCCAUGGACGCUCUGUACAAAGGCACCAAAAGAUCAGGAGGCGUCAGCAGAGAGCCCUGAGGCUGCAGCACCUCCUACAGAGCAAGCUGGAUGUGAGGCACCAGUAAAGCAGGAUACAGAUGGCAACCGAACAGGCUCUCAUUCAGAUCCGGAAGAUGGAGAUGGCCUGGAGCCUCUCCAGGAAGCUGAGGACCCCCUUCCUGAUGCUGAGGUGGGAGGCGAGGGUCCAGAUGAGACUAAAAAAAAGAUGGAGACAUUGGACAGUGAGACUGCGGAAUGGGAGCAGAACGAAACCCAGGAGAUGCCUGGAGAGGCCCAGAGUCCACAUUUGGAGUCUAAAGUCCUGGCAGUAGCUGAAGAGGAAUCAUGUGAGAGAGAAUGUGAUGCUGAAGAUGACAAGUCUGUAGGUGAUCAGGUUGAGAAUGAAGCAGAAGAGCUUAUAGAGACAGAUGAAAAGAAACACGGUAUUAUCACAGAGGAGUGUAAUGCGUCUGACAGAGGAGGAGAACCAGAGGACAAAGCUGAAGAUGAUGGGCCAACAGAACGGGACGAAGGCCAGGUCACAUUAGCAGAAGGGGAGAUCGCGGCUGAGAGCAGUGUGGUCAGCAGAGAGAGCUGCGGAGGAGAGGAGGCGACGACAACACAGGAGCAGGCAACUGUGGAGGUUAGGGAAGACGGACAAACUGAAACCACAGAACAGGACAUCACUGAGACUGCGGAGGGGGGGGGUGAGGAAGACAAGGGCACAGCAGAGAAACCCAGGACAAUGGAGGCGGGGAAUGAACACGAUGACCAAGAAGAUGGUAACAUCAUGAAAGGAGAGGCAGAUGAAGCAAAGUGUGGGGCAGCAGAGACAGAAAUAGUGAAAGAUGAAGAGACAAAUGAUGAAUUAAGAGGCAAUAUGGAAAUAGAGGAAGGUGGGAGUGAAGUAAUUGGUGCAGAUAAUGAAGAGGAGAUUAUGGAGGAAGUCAGUAGUAAUGGCACACAGGAGGUCCAGCCAAGCACCACAUCUAACACUGACGUGGUGGAAGCAACCAAUGAGGAGAAUGGAGAAGCAGAGGAUGAACGUGUACUCAAAGGAGCAGGACUUGAUGGUGCAGAGGGAGAUUCCGAGCUCAGGACGGAGGAUACUGAAGAAUGUAACAGAGAAACAAAGCUGGACAGUGAAGGUAGAGGAGACACGGAAGCAGAGGGACAGGUAGAUCAGAACCCAAGUGAGCAAGAUGAGAACAAAGAAUCAAACUCAACAGAAGAGGAGGAUGUCAAGAAACCAGAGGAUUUGGAAAAUAGCAAUGAUGCAGACCGUGAGAUUGCGGAAGAGAAGAGCAAUGUUCAAGGAGAACAACUUGAGGGUGAUCAUGGAGAAGUGCUGCUUGAGGCAGACCAUGCGACAGAUAGUGGAGGUGAUACCAGAGAUGAUGAAGAGGUUAUUGAGUCUGGAGUAGAAUGUGAGAGUGCAGAACAGGUCAGACCUGAAAUGGAGAAGGAGGUAAGCAGUAGGAAGACUGAAGGAACAAAGUCUCCAACAGAAGAAAGUCUGAAUGAUGCAGAAGAACCAGAGCAAGCAGAAGCAGCUGAGCUGGACGUCAAACAGGCCACCCAAGAUGACAGUGACCAACCAGAAGAGGAAAGGGACACUGACCCUGAUAAAAUGGCAGACUUAGAUAUGGAUCCAAAGCCUGCUGACAUUGCGAGGGCAGAACAUGAGGUCAGUAUGGCAGAGGGUAUGGUUGAUGAAAUAAAAGGGCACGAACUAGCCAUGUCAGAAGGUCUGGCUACCACAACGAAGACAAUGGAGUUUCAUGGCCAGCAGGCUGACGAAGCUGUGGACCUCACAGCUGAAGACAUGAUUACAAAAGAGUGGAAAGACACUGACUCUUCAGAGGAAGAAAAAGGUGACCAGAUGGGUGAAACCAUGAAUAACUACCAUGCUACACAAUCUCAAGCUGAUGACCAACUUGUGACUUUUCAGAACAAGAGGUCACAACCAAUGAUAGGACCUGAUGAGGAGGAGAUCAGCACAGCAGCUAGUGGUGAUGGCAGAAACUUAGACACCAGGGGGAGAGAUAGCGAGACAGAGCCUGGGCAGAGUGAGAUCACGGUCGACACAGAUCUGCCUUCACCUGAGGAAAGUGUAGCUCAGCUUGAGUCCAAAGAUGAGGAAUCAGGAGAACAUAGAGCCAGUCAAGGGACUUCAGAUGUAGAGGCAGAUGUAGGGUCAGGCCCAGAAUCAGAGGCUAGGAGCUCACACACAGUGAGCUCUUCCCCAACCUCCGCCCAUGGAGGUUACCGGCCGAUGGUUGCUAGGGGCGGAUGGAAUGCUCAGCCAUUCCCAUUGAAUGUACAGCAGGCGAAGGGCCAGCUUAAGUACAUACAGGCAAUACCAGUAAAAGCGAGUAGUCCCAACGCAGCACCAAGCGGGGAACCGCAGCAUACUGGUGCUGAGGUAUUUACCGGUUUCCCACCACGCAGAUCAUAAUGGAUUCCUUAGUCUGACUAAAUCACUACAAUGAUGACUGGUGAUGCUCAAGAGAAUGUUAUGCUUGUAUUUUUUUUCUUUACAGGAUUAUUGAUUCGUGACUUCAAGGAGAAGGACCCUCAUUUUUCAACAUGAAGUCUCAUGAAGUUGCUCAUAGGAGAAAAUAAAUACUGCAGCAUUUCCUUCUUCACUGUGAAGUUCUUCGCUCAUGUAGCAUCAGACGCAAUGUUAGCGUUAGCUUGAAAAACCACCACCGCAUCUACCACCUGCUCAAAGCAACGCUGAAAUUGUGUCCCCGGGCCCUGUUGCGGGUUUGCCGGCGUGAUGGAAGGAGAUGUACCAAGCUUUCGUCCCCUCUUACUCUGUGGCUUUCACACAGGUUCUGUGAGCGUGCUGCUGAAAGGGCCGGUCACUGUUUCCCAGAAACGGACACCCUGCUGGUGGCCUGCCUCACCAGGCAGGAAUAAUUAAUGGCCUGUCAGCCCCUGCGCUCAGGACAUCACACAGUAACGGGGCAGCUGUUAGGACUGCCCCCCCAGGCCCACAGGAAGUGACGUCAUGCAGCCUGCUGCCACUUAGCUGCUCAGCUAAUUAGAUUUUUGCUGUGAUCACAGAAAGUGUGAAGCACUUGCAUUAGGAAAUAAGCGACAUUGCCUAACGGGAUUAGAGGUAAAUAAUGAACAGGCUCCUGCCUUCUGUGUGAUUUGUUUGUGCUGCUAAUGAAGGAGGGAUAUCAGAGUGGAGAUAUAUUUAUUUUUAUGUCUUAAUUGCCCUGGUGGCUAAAUAUUAGCUUUUACUUCUAUCAGAACACCGUGUUCUCUGUCCUUAGCCAAAAUAUUGCUGACUAUGAUGCAGGUGAAACCACAUGUUUGUUUAGAUGAUUUGAUUAAUGAAAGUGUGGCAGUGUGCUGUGGCAGUUUGGCGUCUACUCUCAGCGCUUUGCUGCCUUUCUUUGCUGAGAAUGGAAGUCCACCACUGGCCAGAAUUCCUAGGAAGUUUCUAGAAGGCCUUUGCUUUAGGUUGGAAGUACAUUGUU